CAAGAAAAGGACAGUUAUGAGAUCAUCCAUAAUUCAAUACAGAGAGUAUUUCCCAAUCUAUCUUCUCUCUCUUUCGCUCAUUUUCUCCCUCCAACCCUUCAACCAAUCUUCCCUCUUUUUCCCAGAAAACCCAAACCCAAACCCAAACACCUUCCUCUUUCUCCUUCUUCUUCAUCCUUCACUCCCCCACUCCCGUCAAUUUCUGAAACCCCUCAAAAAAAACCUAAUUCAAUUGAAGACUGUCUGUAAAAAUCGACGGAUGUAUCCCCAAAUUGGGCAAUUUCCCAUCUUUUCUUAAUCAAAAUCAUAAAUUAAUUAAUCCCCAUUUCAAAAACAAAAUGAUCCGAAUGUUGCAAUCCCACUACAUUUUGAUAUUCUCCUUAAUCUUAUCUCUCCCAAUGAUCUACUUCUUUGCUCCUCAUUUUCUCUCUCCUCACCCUCGCCAACUCCCAAUUCCUCGCCCAGAUGAACUCGAAGAUCUAUCUCUCUUCAACCGCGCUAUCUCAUCCACCUUCUCAUCUCCAUCUUCAUCCUCGACUUUCUCAUUCUCCAGAUUAGGAACACACAACCCUACUUUGAAGAUCGCCUUCCUGUUUUUAACCCACACUGAUCUCUUCUUCUCGCCUUUGUGGGACCGUUUCUUCAAUUCCAGUUCCCCUAAAUUGUUCAACAUCUACAUUCACGCCGACCCGGAUGCCCAUUUAAAAGACCCGGGUGGUUUUUUCAAUGCUAGGUUCAUACCAAGUAAGCACACUGAACGAUCUUCUGCUACUUUGAUCUCUGCUGCUAAACGAUUAAUGGCGUCUGCGAUUUUAGAUGAUCCUUUAAAUUUCUAUUUUGCUUUGGUUUCUCAGUCUUGUAUUCCUCUGCAUUCGUUUGAUUAUGUUUAUAAGACCCUGUUAGGGAGGAGUAAGGGUAAUGGGUUCGGGUUUCGCCAUGUCCGGCAUAAGAGUUUUAUUGAGAUUCUUGACAAUGAGACUAUUCUUCCCUCGAGGUAUAUUGCUCGAGGGAAGAAUGUGAUGCUUCCUGAGGUUCCUUUUGAUCAGUUUCGGGUCGGGUCUCAGUUUUUUGUGUUGACGAAGAAGCAUGCUUUGAUGGUAUUGAAGGAUAGGAAGUUGUGGAGGAAGUUUAGGCUUCCUUGUUUUAAGACAGAGUCUUGUUACCCUGAGGAACACUAUUUCCCUACAUUGUUGUCUAUGAAAGAUCCUAAUGGAUGUACUCAGUAUACUCUUACCAGGGUUAAUUGGACGGAUAGUGUCAAUGGACAUCCUCAUAUGUAUCUCCCGCCCGAGGUGUCACCGGAGCUGAUCUACACUCUCCGACAGUCAAAUUAUACUCAUGAUUACUUGUUCGCCAGAAAGUUCUCGCCGGAUUGCUUGAACCCCUUGAUGGAUAUGGCUGAUACUGUUAUCUUCAAUGACUGAACAUUUUGCUUGUGUUGUCCGGUCUAAAAUAUUGUUUCUUUGAAAGGGAAGAGGAUCUGUUGUAGCAACACCUCUAAAAUGCUUUCCCUCGAGCCGUCAGUUAUCAACUACCUGAAGUCAGUCAACGAGAGAAUCAACUGCCAACAGUCAAACCACCCUGCUGGUAUGUGGGUUCGGAAAUCCCUUGAUUUUAUACCAACCACGGCAAUAAGAGCUAUCUUGGUGCUCUGUUGUUGUUAGAACUUAGAAGUGCUAGGUUUUUUCUGUACAUAUAUGGUAAAAAAAAAAAAUGUUUGUACCAUAUGAUAUAAGGUAGCAUGAAAAUCCGGCGAGGGCGGGGCUGUCGACAUUUGUUGAUAUGUAGUGGAAUUCGAAAGUCCCUUGCUCUUAGACUGUCUGCUCAAUGUAGGGAUAGAGAGAAUUCAAAAUUCGGUAUGGCUUUUUAUAAGAUAUAUGCUAAAUCAGAGUUCGAAUGGAUGCCUCAAGGAAGCUCCAUUUGGGUUUCUUUUUCUUUUGUUCAA